GAGAAGCCCAAAUUCUGGUUUUUCUUCCUUUAAUGCCCCCAAACGCCUGUACCUCGUUCAAAAUCAGCCUCCACGCUUCUUCUUCACACAGCUGCAAUUUCUAUCCCACCGUCACCACCGACCCUUCUCCGAUCUCCGGCGCCACCAGCUACAGUCUCACCUUCUCCAAUCUCCUCGAUCCACCAUUGUUAAACAAAACAAUAGAGACAUGGGCAAGAAAGGAUCCCCUGCAUUUUCUGGACCUCAAAUGUCAGUCACAAUUAGAGAAGCUUCAACAGGGAAGAAACACACAAAUGCCAAAUCUUCAUUAAAAUUACAACAUAUAAAGAAUCUCGCAAUGUGGGCGACUCACGAUGCAUCCAUACCUUCAUUGGGUGCUUUUUUUAGUCACCAUUUUGCAGCUUCUUCAGAGGCUUUGGCGACACCAGUUGAUCCAUCCUUGUUUACUUGUCAAAGAUGUGAAUCUAUACUUCAUCCUGGCUACAAUUGUACAAUUCGAAUUGAAAACAACAAGAAAAAAGCUCGACAAAAAGGCAAGAAAUCUUGUCAUUAUCCUCAAAACAACAUUGUCUACACUUGUCAUUUUUGUAUGCACAAAAAUAUGAAAAGAGGCACUCCAAGAAACACGAAUCCACCAAAGCCCAAACCAAACACUAUACUAGCUCCACCAUUAAACGACCCUGACAAGGGUAAAAUGGGUAUUUUAGUAAAAAACGACUCUGAUCCAGCAAUUCCGACAUUGACAUUGUUGGAGUCCAAGAAGAAGAGGAAUAGGUCAGGGGCUAAGAAGAAGGUGGCAUAUGAUCCAAAUGCAGAAAAAUCAGAGAAUGCAUCUACUAAUAGAAAAAGAAGAAAAUCUUGGACUAGUUUGAAGGAGAUUGCUGAAAGUAAUGACAAUGAUAAUCGCCAAAAGUUGAUGAACAUAACAAUCCCAUUUUCAAUGGAGUAAAGAGUUAUUUAUUUAUUUAUGUUUAGUUGAUAAUGAUGUAGAUAUGUUGGUUAAAAUUAUAGAGUUUUUUGUUAUAAACAUUUGUUUCGAAUUGCUAUAUGGUCCAUGGUUUGAAUACAACUAAAAUAUAAGUGACUAAGGGGCUGUUUGUUUCCCCACUUAAUGAUCCCAUCAAGAGAUUGAAUCUUAACCAUUAAGAUUCAGACUGUUUGGUUGAACCCUUUUCCCUCUCUUAAUGGGUAAGAUGUGCCAAAAAACGAUCUGAUUUGAUAAGACAAGAAAAGGAGUUCCUUAGCCUACCAACAAACGUCC